AUGGGAUUUGUUAGGAUUAAGGGUGGGAGGAGAGGAAGAGAUUCGAAAUUUGCAAGUUAUAACUUUUGUACACAAACUUUCUACUUCUGCUGUUGUACAGUGUUUCUCUUAGAAGGUUGGCCAAUUUUCCUUUUACAGUUACUUUUGAGUUUUGUGGAACAAAGGAGUUUAUAUUUAGAGGACAAAACUAGCUUACAUCAGCAUUUGAAGACUCAGAAUGUUCUGGUUCCAUCAGGAGAGGUUUUGACAUAUGGUGACGAUAGUUUUGUUCAAUUUGAGGAGGUUGGAAUCAAAGAAACACAGAAGGCUGCAUUUGUUCUUGUUGCUGGAAGCCUCAGAGGAAUGUCUUGGGUACAAUGGAAUAAAGGUAGAACACAUGAAGAUUUUAUGUGGUUGGUAGAUACGGUGGUACAAGCGGCACCAGUGGUGGAUACGAUGGUUCUGGUAGUAGCAGUGGUGAAUACAGUGGUUCUGGUGGCGGCGGUGGCUUAACAUAAA